CUUGAUUGUUGAGUGUAUAUUGAAUAAUCAAUACAGGGAUAGCAGUAUGUCAGCCAAUAAGCGGCUUCAAUUGCUUUUCCGAACGGGGUUUGUGUCUACACAGACCCGCCUUUCAGAGACGUCGUUCUUUUGUUGUGGUUAGGGCCUGGCCAGCAACAGAUCUCCUUUUCUUUCAGUAACUAAUUACGCACUACAGAAUACGCGUGAAGUGUGUUCUAUGAUAAAUCACAGUCUAAUUAUUCCCUCGCCAAGGAAGAGAAACAGAAAGUAACCCAGAGCGUAGCUGGUACAACAGCUCAACGAUUAAUAAGCCCUAAAAAGAGCCACAUCUCUUAGUCUCCCCCCGCCAAGGAACAGCAAUCAAGCAGGUGAACCGACACAGCACCUCGAAACUUGACUUGCCCACGAUGUCCCAACCAGAAUAUGUGAUACCCAAAGGCUCGAUCAUACUUGUCACCGGCGCCAAUGGUUAUAUUGCGUCUCACAUUAUCGACAUCUUGCUAGAGAUCGGCUUCAAGGUUCGCGGUACAGUGCGCUCUGAGAAACCAUGGCUGGAUAAGCUGUUUUCGGAAAGACAUGGCAAGGGAAAGUACCACAGUGUUGUUGUGCCGGAUCUCAGUAUCGAAGGGGCUUAUGACCAGGCUAUCAAGGAUGUAGCUGCCGUUGCCCACGUAGCGUCAGAUGUCAGCUUGAGUGCUGAUCCCAAUGAGGUGAUUCCAAAGGUCGUCAAUCUGGCAAUUAAUGCUUUGACUGCGGCGUCGAAAGAGUCAUCUGUUAAGCGGUUUGUCCUAACGUCCUCGGCGGCGGCGACUUAUAUUGCAGUGCCAGAAAAUCAGAAUGUCAUUGUAGACGAAACUUCCUACAAUGACAGUGCUGUUAAAUCAGCAUGGGACGAUAAUACGGCACCAGAACUAAAGCCAUUCUAUAAUUAUGCUGCCUCCAAGACUGAAUCCGAGAGAGAGUCCUGGAAAUGGGUAAAUGAGAAUAAACCCGGUUUUAUUUUCAAUUCUGUGCUGCCAGGCUUCAACAUGGGAACAAUUCUGCAUUCAGAGCAGACCGCCUCAACCAUGGGGGUGACUCGUAACUUGUUGAAAGGGGACCCCACGGUGAGAUCGAUAUUCGCUCCUGAAUAUUUCAUCGACGUUCGUGAUACUGCGCGUCUUCACAUUGCUGCCCUUCUUGACUCUUCCAUCAAGGACGAGCGUAUUUUUGGCUCCGUCCAAGACUUCAACUGGACCUAUGUUGAUACCGUGCUCCGUAAAUUGCGUCCUAAUAACAAAAAUAUUCCGGAAGCGCCAGCGGAUGAUUGGCGUGACAAGACUGUGAUUAAACCAAUGGGUAGGGCCGAGGAGAUUCUUAAAUCUUUCUGGGGCAAGACUUGGACGGGAUUUGAGGAGAGUUUGAGUGAUGGUAUUGCCGGUUGGGACUAAUCGGUGCAAUAUAUUAUCGAUAAGCUUAUAGCAGUGGUCUGAAGAAUUUCCGAUAGACAUGUCGUAUCUAAUCGAAACUGUUUAUUAGAUUCUCUAUUCCACAGAUUUAAUCGGACGUGAAGACAAUCGCCUUGAAUCAGGUCCCCAUACAAUACAUGCCUAAUCUCGCCCCAAGAUUAGCUACCUCUGUCAUAACCUAGAGGCUAGAGCUAGGUAUGGCCGUAAAAUUAAUUUAGCUGCCUAUUUAUAAAUAACGAU